GUUUCUGUUCAACUCCGUCUCUCACCAUAACCUCUUCUUCCAUUCUCUUGUCCUUCCUCUCUCUCUCUCUCUAAACAUUUGCUAGAGAGAGAAAGAAGAAAUACAAUGGCAGCUUCUUCUCUAUCCACUCAGACCCAUUUCAACCCCACCCCACCAAAAACCCACUUGGGAUUAUUCAACCAAAACCAAGUUGUUCUCUACGGAAAAACCACCACCACCACCUGCCGGAGGAGAUUCAUUUCAUGCUCAGCCGAAGACAAGACGGUGGUGAUCGGUCUGGCGGCGGACUCCGGCUGCGGAAAGAGCACCUUCAUGCGGCGCCUCACCAGCGUCUUCGGUGGCGCCGCCGAACCUCCCAAGGGCGGAAACCCAGACUCCAACACGCUCAUCAGUGAGAUGACCACCGUGAUAUGCUUGGACGACUACCACUCACUUGACAGAACCGGACGGAAGGAGAAGGGAGUCACCGCACUGGACCCCAGAGCCAAUGAUUUUGAUCUCAUGUAUCACCAGGUUAAGGCGAUCAAAGAAGGAAUCCCUGUGGACAAGCCUAUCUACAAUCACGUCAGCGGUUUAUUGGACCCGCCGGAGCUGAUCAAACCUCCCAAGAUCCUAGUCAUUGAAGGAUUACACCCAAUGUACGAUGCACGAGUUAGAGAGCUUCUAGAUUUCAGUAUUUACCUGGACAUCAGCAAUGAAGUUAAAUUCGCAUGGAAAAUUCAGAGGGACAUGGCCGAGAGAGGACACAGCCUUGAGAGCAUCAAAGCUAGUAUUGAUGCCCGGAAAUCGGAUUUCGAUGCUUACAUUGACCCACAGAAGCAAUACGCAGAUGCAGUUAUCCAAGUGUUGCCGACCCAACUGAUCCCGGACGACAACGAGGGGAACGUUUUGAGAGUGAGGCUGAUAAUGAAGGAAGGAGUGAAGUAUUUUGACCCGGUGUACCUGUUUGAUGAAGGCUCCACCAUCUCUUGGAUCCCCUGUGGAAGGAAGUUGACUUGCUCUUACCCAGGCAUCAAAUUCACCUACUGUCCAGACACCUACUACGGCCAUGAGGUUUCAGUGUUAGAGAUGGACGGACAAUUCGACAGACUAGAUGAGCUCAUAUAUGUAGAAAGCCAUCUGAGCAACAUCUCCACCAAGUUCUACGGUGAAGUCACCCAGCAAAUGCUGAAGCACGCAGAUUUCCCAGGCAGCAACAAUGGAACCGGUCUCUUCCAGACCAUCAUCGGCUUGAAGAUCAGAGACCUCUAUGAGCAGAUCACCAGAACCAAAACUGCAGCUCCCUUGGAAGCUACAAAGGCCUAAGAAAUGCCUGAAAUAAAUCAGACCGGCACAAAAUUUUCUCGCGGUUUUUUUUCUUACCACCCUGUUGUAUCAGUCGAGUGUUUGACAAAUCCGCAUAAAUUGAGCAUUUCUCUAUCAUGUAUUUAUUUACUUAUUCCGACCUGGAACGCUGUUGAGAGUUGUAACAUAGACAGACAGAAGCACAUAUGAAAUGAGAAAAAUCCAUGAUCAUGCAGUCA